AGACAUGGCACCGGGCCACACACAUCUUUGGCCCGUAGACCUACCUACUGUUCUCCCUGUAACAGCAACAAAAAUGUAGUGUUGCAUUUUGAUGAGCGCCGCCAGUCGUGGAACUCUCUGCAGCACACACAUACACACACACGGUGUGCAGCGAACGAUUUGCGGAAGUGAGGUACCCCAUUCUGCAGCAGGUGACCGAGCAGCACAAUGAGACGUCAGUAGUCCCCCUCCGUAGCAUGGCCACGUCACGUUCCUCACGCGUCACAAGGUCAUCAGUCGGGCUCAAUGGAUUGGACGAGAACUUCUGUGGCCGAACCCUCAGGAACCGAGUAUCGCCCAGCCGGAGGAGGGUCAGGGGUCACUGCUCCCCGGCAGCAGGGGCCCCUCGCUCCCCCAAGAAGAGGCAGGACGCUCAGGCUGGGAGCUCAGAGAAACCUGGGGGUCACCAGGGAAAGAUAACCCACCACAAGGCCUCCGCAGUGGACAGGGAGACAUGGCCGAGCCCCAGGAAGAGGGGACUGUCCUGCUCAGAGAGAGAGAGUGAUGGGUGUGGGGGUUUGGACAAGGCUGAGAACUGUGAGGGGACGGGGAAGGAGACGUCGGGGACUGGUGGGAGAGAUGCUUCUCUGCCCCUCAAAAGGGCCAAAUGGUGUUCCCGUUACGAGUCGCAGGGAUCCGAGGACGACCCCUCUUCUGCACCCCCCAAACCUGACAUCCACCCAUCCUCCUGCACCCCCCCAGCGACUGUCAAGGAGAACAGUGAAGAGGGCAACCCGCUCAGCCUAAUCUGCACCGCACCCUCUUCCUCUUCUCCACAGAACCUCAACAAAGAGGAAGGCGAGGAGGAGGACGACAGCGGCGGCCAUGUUGAGAGCGACGGCCAUGCUCAGCAGCCCCUGAACUCCACUUCCCAUAAUCCCCCUGUUCCGCCCCAGAACUCUAACUCCCAUAAAUCCUCUACUGAGCUGGGACAGACCAGCGGUAGCCUUGAUGCUCAGACAAUCUCACUGGGUUCCAGCGAUGACGUCAACACCAGCUGUCUUGGUCCAGCACUGCUGAACGGCAGCCAGAUGGGCGCACCCUGCCCUUCGCCCCCAGACCCCAUAGUGCCUUGUAGAAACUGUCAUCCUGUGCAGGAGGAGGAGGAGGAGGAGGAGGAGGAGGAGGUUAGGGACUCUGGGGAGUAUUCUGCUCCUCCUCUGGCCUCCUUUGAAGAGGACUCCUCCAGCCCACACCUGUCAGUCAGGGAGGAGGAAGUGGAGUUGGAUGUAGUGGAGGACUUGGUGUGUCGGGAGGAGGAAGUGACAGCGACCGAGGAGGAGGAGGAAGAGGAGGAGAGUACCAGCGGGAGAAGUAAUGGUUGGCCAUUGGUGCAGGAUGCUGUUGUCACCAGUAUCAUCAACGUAAACAACAACAACAUCCCAAACAACAUCAACAACUCAGGAGAAUCCACCAUGCCUUUGCUAGCCCCACACACCCCCUCAGAGCCCCCCUGCAUCCCUUCUGUCUCCGACACUUCGCCCCCGUCCUUCACCCAACCCCAUGAACACCAAUACACCCUGAGGACUUCGCCCCGGAGAGCUGGGGCCCCGUCGUCCCCCAAACCCUGCUCUCCUCCCAGGGACCCUCUCCGGGACAACGGCCCUCUGAGAGAGGGAUGGAGGAGCUUGUCGGAGGCUGGAUUUAGACGCUACUCUGGCUACAUCUACCCUUUCCUCAGGUCCCUCCAGCACCCAGGAGAUUCCGGAGGAGGAAAACAGCAGCAGCAGCAGGAGGACGAGAAGCCGGUGGAGGACGAGGAGGAACCAGAUGUGUAUUACUUUGAGUCGGACCACCUGGUGCUCAAACACAACAAAGAGAGGUUACUCCAGACUGUUGGUGUGUUGGAGGCCCAGAGAGCUCAGAGUAUACUGGACUGGCGUCUGGCCAGACAACAGAGAGAAGCUCUCCAAGACCCCGUCAGCUUUGUGGAGCAGCUGCAGAAACAGGUGGAACUGGGCAUGCCGCGGCCCCAGAGAGUGGUUCAGCUGCCAGACAUCUCAUGGGACCAGUACACGUCAGGGCUGGGGCGAAGGGAGUUCUGUGACAAGAAACGCAAAACCAGGAGGCUCAAACUCAUAUUCGAUAAAGUCAGAUUACCAGACCGACCAAUCAGCCCCUUGGAUCCCAAGGACAAGGAGGGUGAAUCGUCGACCCUGUACUCUGCUCUGCCCUCUAGUGAUGCUCUGGAGAACAGCAACUCACAGAUGAUCCGAGGGCGGCUGUGUCACCAGAGUAAACCUGACACCUUUAACCAGCUGUGGACCGUGGAAGAACAGAAAAAGUUGGAGCAUCUCCUAUUGCAGUUUCCUCCUGAGGAGGUGGAGUCUAAACGCUGGCAGAAGAUAGCUGACGCCCUGGGAAACAGGACCGCUAAACAGGUGGCCAGCCGCGUACAGAAGUACUUCAUCAAACUAACUAAAGCAGGAAUCCCCGUUCCUGGGAGGACCCCCAACAUGUGCAUGUACAGCAAGAAGGUGUCCAAUAAGAGGCAGCACCACCUGAACAAGCACCUGUACCGACCGUCUACCUUCCUGACGUCAUAUGAGCCUCCUGUCUAUAUGGAUGAAGAGGAUGAGAGAGCGGCCUACUAUGGCUCCCUACAGGACCCCGAUGGAGACGACACGGAUGAGGAGGGUGUACCUGUGGAGUUGAGACACCUGCCGGAGUACAAGGAGCUUCUGGAGCUGAAGAGGAUGAAGAAACACAAAUUGCAGGAGAUCCAGGCUGAGAGUAGCAUGGCCCUGCACCAUGGAUACAAGUGUGACGUGUGUGGUGUGGAGCCUAUCCAGGGUGUGCGAUGGCACUGUCAGGACUGUCCCUCAGACAACGCUGUGGACUUCUGUUCCAACUGCUCCGACUGCCUGUACAAGACUGAGAGCCACAUGCCAGACCACCAUCUGGAGCCUGUCCAUCACCAUGAGACCUUCCUAGACAUGGACUACUGUCUGGCUCAGACCCCUGGAUAUAACUACCUGGACCCCAACUACUACCCUGCUAACAGAUGACGGGGGCCACAGACUGGCCCCUAAACUCCAGCCUAUGCCUCAGUCCAGGGGCCAUAGUUUUAGUUACACCGAAGGGUCCCUAGCAUCCAGGUCCCACAGUUUCAGUCGAUGGGCCACAGUCACUCAGCCUCAGCCCACACAGCUAGCCUACUACGACUGCUAGCCUACUACGACAGCUAGCCUACUACGACAGCUAGCCUCCAGAUCCCAGGGGCCACAGUCACCCAGCCUCAGCCCACACAGUUAGCCUCAGUCAGCUAGGCUACGACAGCUAGCCUACGACAGCUAGCCUCCAGAUCCCAGGGGCCACAGUUACCCAGCCUCAGCCCACACAGUUAGCCUUAGUCAGCUAAGCUUCGACAGCUAGCCCACGACAGCUAGCCUCCAGAUCCCAGGGGCCACAGUUACCCAGCCUCAGCCCACACAGUUAGCCUCAGUCAGCUAGGCUACGACAGCUAGCCUCAGCUAGCCUCCAGAUCCCAGGGGCCACAGUUACCCAGGCUCAGCCCACACAGCUAGCCUCAGUCAGCUAGGCUACGACAGCUAGCCUACUACAACAGCUAGCCUCAGCUAGCCUCCAGAUACCAGGGGCCACAGUUUCAGCUACACCCCAGCAAGCUUGCCCCAGCAAGCUAGCCCCAGCGGCCCCUAGCCCCAGUAAGCUAGCCCCAGACUCAACCUACAGCAGUAACCAACUGGUAGUGUGUGGCUCAUGGCGCCAUGACUCAUGGCUCUGUCUCUCAGACCCGAAUCUUGACGGUUCUCACACCAGCUACUCUGCUCACCCCGCCCUGCUAGCCCAGCAGACUGGCAGGAAUCCCAUUCUGACGGUGGUUGUGGUGGUGGGGGGGGGGAGGAGGGGGUGAAACUGACUGUCCCGCAGACUCCAUUUUGGAUCUAAGAAGAGGUCUGGGACACGCUCACUUCUCUGACCGGUUACCGUAACGACCAACAAACUGAACAUAACAGUCUCUGAAAAAUAUACAAAAAAAAAAAAAUAACACUAUAAAAAAAAAAUAUAUAUAUAUAUAUGAAAAAGGCACACCGACAUUCCUGACCGCCAAGAAAGACUGAAGGAGGGCCUUCCUCGUCCUCCUCCUCUCCCCCAUACCGCUGUGUGCUGCUUGUUAACCUGGGGUGUGUUGAUGGUAGUGUGGUGGUCUGGUUGGUGAGUGAAUAUGUUCCUAGAUAGAUAGAUAGAUAUCUGUCAUUGAGUAUUUCUGGUGAAUCAAACUUCUUCUGUUGUGAACUGGGGGCUGGGUUGACAAAAGAGCUUGAUGCCGAUGAGAGGCGUGUCUUUCAUUCCUACUAGGUUUUAAACCAAUCAGAAGACAGGCAUUUUCUGCUGUAACCCACACAGCGGGUUUUGUCUGAUGAAGCCAUGGUAACGGACCCCUGGCACACCUCCACCUCACGUCUCCGUGGAGAUAAUGUCAGCCAGCAGCUAGUCACCUCUCCUCUUCCCCCUCAUCUCUCUCCUCUCUUCUCUUCCCUCUCUCCUCUCUUCUCUUCCCUCUCUCCUCUCUUCCCUCUCUCCUCUCUUCUCUUCCCUCUCUCCUCUCUUCUCUUCCCCCUCACCUCUCUCCUCUCUUCCCCCUCACCUCUCUCUCCUCUCUUCUCUUCCCCCUCACCUCUCUCUCCUCUCUUCUCUUCCCCCUCACCUCUCUCUCCUCUCUUCUCUUCCCCCUCACCUCUCUCUCCUCUCUUCUCUUCCCCCUCACCUCUCUCCUCUCUUCUCUUCCCCCUCACCUCUCUCUCUUCUCUUCUCUUCCCCCUCCCCCUCACCCCUCUCUCCUCUCUUCUCUUCCCCCUCACCUCUCUCCUUUUCCCCCUCACCUCUCUUCUCUUCCACCUCACCUCUCUUCUCUUCCACCUCACCUCUCUUCUCUUCCACCUCACCUCUCUCUCUAAAAUCUGUUCAGUCGCCAACAGAGAAGCACUAGAGCACAAAGAGCUGAUGGAAGACUUGUGAAACUUAAACUUGUGAUGAAAAAUGAAAGUAUAUUGUUUUUCUUUUCAAUGUGUUUGAUGCUGUUGUUUGAUCAGGUGGUUGAUCACGUGCAGUAAGUAUAAUAAUAAUAAUAGUAGCCCAGUGGUAACUACGACGACAACGUAAAGCUAGUUGCCGUCUGUGGGCCAUUUUUUUUUGUUUGAUGAAUCAAUCACACCUCUGAACCCCUGGCCUCGAAUCUUGACCUUCAACCCCUAACCUCUAUUGAACUUCCCUAUCAGCAAGCCUCUAGAUCAGGAGAAAGCCAACCUGUUUCAGGAGUACUGCAGGUAUUCUGUUCCAACGAGGGCACCACACCUGACUGAGUUAAUUGAUCAGUUGAGUGAUCGCCUAAAUUCAACACACCUGGUCUUCCAGGACUGUUAAAUCAAAAACAUGAAGUGGCUCUAGGACCAGGGUCGCCCUAACCUUGCUUUAGAUCCUUUUAAGUCAGGGUUAUCCAAACACUGUCCAGGGUGCACGUUUUGGUUGUUGGUCCUAGCACUACACAGCUGAUUGAAACAACCAACUCAUCGUCAAGCUUCGAUUAUUUGUUAUCAGCUGUGUCGUGCUAGGACCAACAACCAAAACGUUGUUGCCCCCAGGGCCGAGUUUGUGUAAAGUUUGCCUGUCUGCCUAAACAUUCAAUUUAAAAGAUUGUAUUUUUAAAAACAAGACAAGAAUGGAGGAGGAGGAGGUGGUGAUUGGUUGAUGAUUUUUGUGACAGUGGAAAUCUCUCGCCCACGUUAUUUUAUACACACGUUUUGUCGUUCCUUAAUCGAGUAGACGCCCCCUACCCACCAUGCCCUGCUUCAAUAACUGUGUAUAACAGUAUGUUCUUAACUACUAGAGGAUAUCUGUGGAAAUAAAAGUAUGUGAAUAGUA